CCGGGGUGGGCCUCAGCCGCAGCGCCCGCCUCCUCGCUUUCCUCUCCCGCCGCUGCAGCCUGGGCGGGGCGGUUCGUCCAGCGUGUGAGCUCGGACAUGGCAGCCGAAGAGGCGGAGGCGCCGGGGCUCCCGGAGGACGAGGUGUGGGAAUUUUGCCUGGAUAAGAAUGAGGAAGAUGGUGUUGGAUCCCCUGGAAGUAAUGUUACAGACGAUUGUGAACCACCUUGUGGGUGCUGGGAGUUCAAUCCGGAUUCCCUGGAAGAGGAUCACCUGCUCUUAACCACCGAGCUGUCUCUCCAGUCCCACAAUGAUAACACUCGCGUCGUGAGAGUGAAGGUCAUAGCUGGCAUAGGCCUGGCCAAGAAGGAUAUCUUGGGAGCCAGUGAUCCUUACGUGAGAGUGACGUUGUAUGACCCGAUGAGUGGAGUCCUUACCAGCGUUCAGACGAAAACUAUCAGAAAGUCUUUGAAUCCAAAAUGGAAUGAAGAAAUACUAUUCAGAGUCCUUCCACAGCAGCACCGUCUUCUGUUCGAAGUGUUUGAUGAAAACCGUUUGACAAGAGAUGAUUUCCUGGGUCAAGUGGAUGUCCCUCUCUAUCCUUUACCGACGGAAAACCCGAAAAUGGAUAGACCAUAUACGUUUAAGGAUUUUGUCCUUCAUCCAAGAAGCCACAAGUCAAGAGUCAAAGGUUACCUGAGAUUGAAAAUGACUUACUUACCGAAGAACAGCGGCUCGGAUGAGGAGAAUGCCGAUCCGGCCGAGGAGUUGGAGGAGCCUGACUGGGUUGUUUUGGACCAACCAGAUGCUGCUAGCCAUUUGGAGCAUCCAGAACCUUCUCCCCUCCCUCCAGGAUGGGAAGAGAGGCAGGAUGUCCUUGGGAGGACCUACUAUGUAAACCAUGAAUCUCGACGAACACAGUGGAAAAGGCCUAACCCUGAGGAUGACCCCACAGAUGCUGAGAAUGGAAACAUUCAGCUGCAGGCUCAGCGGGCAUUUACCACCAGGCGGCAGAUAUCGGAGGAAGUGGACAGUGCCGACAACCGGGAGUCCCCUGAGAAUUGGGAAAUUAUACGCGAAGAUGAGAACGCUGUGUAUAGCGGUCAGGCCUUCCAAUCACCUCCGUCGGGUCACGGAGAUGUACAGGCUCGCCUUGCAGAGGAGUUAGAUACCAGACUCGCUGUGUGUGGAAAUCCGGCCACUGGCCAGCCAGUCACCAGCUCAAAUCAGUCCAGCGGAAGUGGCGGCUUGCAAGCCUGUAUCUUUGAGGAACAGCCUGCACUUCCUGUGCUUUUGCCUACUUCAUCUGGAUUGCCACCAGGUUGGGAAGAAAAACAAGAUGAAAAAGGACGGGCCUACUACGUAGACCACAAUACCAAAACAACCACGUGGGCCAAGCCCACCAUGCAGGACGAUCCAACAUCCAAAGUCCCUGCUGAACUAAAAGCGAAGACACCAGUCGACCCGUCCAAUGAUCUCGGACCUUUACCUCCCGGCUGGGAAGAAAGGACCCACACAGAUGGAAGAGUCUUCUAUAUCAAUCACAACACAAAGAAGACCCAGUGGGAAGACCCUCGGAUGCAGGAUGUGGCAACAGCUGGACCAGCAGUGCCCUACUCCAGGGAUUACAAAAGGAAGUACGAGUUCUUCCGCAGAAAGAUGAAGAAGCAGAAUGACAUUCCAAAUAAAUUUGAAAUGAAACUUCGCCGCGCAAAUGUUCUGGAGGAUUCUUACCGGAGGAUUAUGGGUGUGAAGAAAGCUGACUUCCUGAAGGCUCGACUCUGGAUUGAGUUUGAUGGCGAAAAGGGACUUGAUUAUGGAGGAGUUGCUCGGGAAUGGUUCUUCCUCAUUUCAAAGGAGAUGUUUAACCCUUAUUAUGGGCUGUUUGAAUAUUCUGCUACGGAUAAUUACACCCUCCAGAUAAAUCCAAACUCGGGCUUAUGUAACGAAGAUCACCUCUCCUACUUCAAAUUCAUCGGUCGUGUGGCUGGCAUGGCAGUUUAUCAUGGCAAGCUGCUGGAUGGCUUUUUCAUCCGCCCCUUUUACAAGAUGAUGCUUCAGAAAAUGAUAACGCUGCAUGACAUGGAGUCUGUGGAUAGUGAAUAUUACAGUUCACUGCGUUGGAUUCUUGAGAAUGACCCAACAGAGCUGGACCUCAGAUUUAUCAUUGAUGAGGAACUCUUUGGACAGACACAUCAACAUGAACUGAAAACUGGAGGCUCAGACAUCGUCGUCACCAACAAGAACAAAAAGGAGUAUAUUUACCUUGUUAUACAGUGGCGCUUUGUGAACCGAAUCCAGAAACAAAUGGCUGCUUUCAAAGAGGGAUUUUUUGAACUGAUACCCCAAGAUCUCAUCAAGAUAUUCGAUGAAAAUGAACUGGAGCUUCUCAUGUGUGGCCUGGGAGAUGUGGAUGUGGGCGACUGGAAGGAUCAUACAAAGUACAAAAAUGGCUACAGCCCAAACCACCAGGUCAUCCAGUGGUUCUGGAAGGCUGUUUUAAUGAUGGACUCAGAAAAAAGAAUUCGCUUGCUUCAGUUUGUUACAGGCACAUCCCGUGUGCCUAUGAACGGGUUUGCUGAACUCUAUGGCUCGAAUGGACCACAGUCCUUCACAGUUGAACAGUGGGGCACCCCUGAUAAGCUGCCAAGAGCGCAUACCUGCUUCAAUCGUCUGGACCUGCCGCCCUAUGAGUCAUUUGAAGAACUUUCGGAUAAACUUCAGAUGGCGAUUGAGAACACGCAGGGCUUUGAUGGGGUUGAUUAGAUUAUAAUAAGGAAGGAACAAGCUGGGGUGUCUCAACCACCAUAGUUUUUAAGUAAAAGCAAAAUUGCAUCUUAACAUUUUCCAGAGUACUUCUAAAAGGUAGUUGCUGGCUCUUCCCAGAGAGACCAGAGAGCAGUGUAUCCGUAGUUUCCGCCACCACCAUGCUGAAGUGUUCAUUUGUCCCGUUCUUUGUCCUGUUAGGGUUCACGCGACAGGACAUUCGAGUCCUGUGUGCCUGAGUUCUGACCAUAGCUCAUCUUGCUAGGCACAUCUUUCUGUAACUACUGAGAUUCCAACUGUGAAAUAUCUGUAAUGAGUAUCUGGUGGAAAAAUUCGAUGCUUUUUUGAGAUGAAAUUUGGACAAAGAUAGUCUUCAAUAUUGAGUAAACUGCGACACACUUAGUGUUA